AUCAUAUCUAUCUAUCAGUUGAAUUUGUAAUUUUAUUUGAGGCAGGCGCUUAAGCGGAAUAAAAAAAUGCUUAAGAUAUUAAUCUUCAUUCUAGGAGUUGCUAACGCUUUAGCCCUCAAGUGUCAUGAUUGUAAUAAUUUUGACACGGCUAGUUGUUUCAGAAUUGAAAAUUCCAAUAAUACGAAACUGAAGGAAUGUAAACCGAAUGAAACAAGAUGUGCUCUGCUUAUCGAAAAAACCACCGAUCCUAUCAUUACUAGAAGGUGUGUACAACCUAGUUGGAAAUGUGAUAAUUCCAAAUACAAGUGCGCUACAUGCGAAACGGAUGGUUGUAAUACGGGCCAAGACGUUCCCAAACCUCCAAUAAAUGUUAAUAAAGCAGAAGUGUUUAAUAUAAUACAGGCGAAUAUUUAUGGUAUUUCAGCCAUUGCAUGUUUGAUAACAUUGCUGUUGAUUUGGUGUGUGAUACGAGUACGUAACAAAAGAAAAGCAAACAAAUACGAAGACGAAGAUGACUAUGAUGAAUAUUAUGAAAAUGAGACCAAUAUCGAUUUGGAUGAACCCAGCGAUCAGAAGUCCUAAAUAUGUAUGUAAUACAUAGAUAAUGAUCGCCAUAUUAUAAUUUUUUUAUAUUUAUGAAUCUCUAUCGUAUAUAGCUUUAAAUUUUAAAUAUGUAUAAAUAUUUAUAAAUAAAAUCUUAUUAAGACGA